CCUCCUCCAACUCAAUUAACUUCUGUAUCCUCAGUUCCUCACCUCAUAUAUACUUGCAUUAUCUCCCUGAAUCAGAAACCCAUUCAAGAAAAAGCUGCAACUAUGGAUAGAGAACAAGAUGAAUUGCAGUUCCUUGGUAUUUUUGGCAUCUGCAAAGAAUCCUUCAAGAUUAUAUACAACUGGAGAAAAAUCUUCAGCCAAAUCACCUUGACCUUGAUCCUCCCUUUGAGCUUCAUCUUCUUGGCUCACAUAGAAAUCUCCAACAUCCUCCUCAAUAGGAUCAUCUACAACGAAAACAUCUUGGACGAGAAGAGAGGGGCAGACAGCGCCGCCCGCGACGUCAUCACCAAAGAAUGGGCAACUUACUGGCUCUUCAAGGCUGCUUACUUCACUUUGAUGCUCAUCUUCGGCCUCCUCUCCACCUCCGCGGUCGUGUACACCAUCGCAUGCGUUUACACCGCCCGGGAAAUCACCUUCAAGAAGAUCAUGAGCGUUGUCCCAAAGGUCUGGAAGCGCGUGAUGAUCACCUUCGUGUGCACCUUCCUGGCUUUCUUCCUCUACAACCUAGUGGCAAUAGUAGUCCUAAUUGUUUGGUUUGUUGCCAAUGGAACAAGAGAUUCCGCCGCCGGAACCAUAUUCGGUUUCUUUUUACUGAUCAUAUACAUUAUUGGGUUCGUUUACAUGACCAUAAUCUGGCAACUUGCUAGCGUCGUCUCGGUGUUGGAAGAAAUGAGAGGGAUCAAAGCCAUGGUCAAGAGCAAGAAGCUACUCAAGGGGAACAUGUGGAUGGCUACAAUCAUCUUCUUCACGCUCAAUGUUUUAGCAGCUGCUAUUCAGUUCGCUUUUCAGGUGUUGGUUGUGAGUCGCGAUCGACCGACGUUUGGGAUGAUUGGCAGGAUCGGCUUCGGUGUUCUAUGUUUGUUGUUGCUGUUUAAGUUGAUUCUGUUUGCCCUCGUCAUCCAAACGGUUCUAUACUUCGUCUGCAAAUCCUAUCACCAUGAAAAUAUCGACAAAUCAGCCUUGUCGGAUCACCUCGAGGUUAUAUAUCUGGGAGACUAUGUUCCUCUGAAGUCUAAGGAUGUUCAGCUUGAGCAGGUUUAAAAUUGUACUAUUUUUCGUGUCUUUGACCCAAAUUGCUGUAAUAUAUACAUACCUACCUAUCUUAAUGGAGUGAGUAUCGCAUUUCAGAAUAUGGUCUAUGUAUUAUUUAGUGAUCGAAGUAUAUAUAUAUAGCCAUAAUCAUAAACUGGUUCUUCAAUUUCUA